AUGCCUUACAAUUGCUGCUCUGGAAACUUCUCCUCCCACUCCUUUGGGGGUUACCAGUGCUAGCCAGGAUUCUCCUGUGGCUCCUUCUACCCCAGCAACCUUGUCUACAGCAGACCUCUGCUCUCCCAACACCUGCCAGCUGGACUCCUCUCUCUACAGUCAGGAGACCUGUUAUUCAGCAGCUGCAACUCCUUGAGCUCUGGCUCUGAAAGCUGCUACUCAUUGGGCUGUGGAUCCAAUGGCUUCAGACCCAGGGUUCCCUCUGUUAGUAGCUUUCCUCCGUUCCAUUUGUAA